AUUGACCUGAUUCACCUGGGAGCCAAGUUCUCACCCUGCAUCCGGAAGGAUCGGCAGGGGGGGGGGCCAUCUCCCCCGGGGGGGGGCGGGCGGCGGGGGCGCAAGGAUCGGCAGGUGGAGCGGCUCAUCCAGCGCGAGCGGGACCGGGAGCGGGACUCGGGAUGCUGUGUCCAGAACGACAACUCGGGCUGCAUCCAGACCCUGCCACAGGACUGCUCGGAGACGCUGGCAACGUUCAUCAAGUGGCCAGGCACCAACGUGCCAACCUUGGGCUCAGGGGAGAAGAGGACAUCGGGGGCUGUGUGUCACCAGGACCCCAGGACAUGCGAGGAGCCAGCAUCCAACCCACCCCACGUGUGGCCAGACGACAUCACCAAGUGGCCGAUCUGCACCUACGAGACCAAAACCAACCACACCGGCUUCACCCACAUGGACUGCCAGAUCAAGGGCCGGCCCUGCUGCAUCGGCACGAAGGGCAGCUGUGAGAUCACAACGCGGGAAUACUGUGAGUUCAUGCAUGGCUACUUCCAUGAGGAGGCAACGCUCUGCUCGCAGGUGCACUGCCUGGAUGAGGUCUGCGGCCUCCUGCCCUUCCUCAACCCGGAGGUCCCUGACCAGUUCUACCGCCUGUGGCUGUCCCUGUUCCUGCAUGCUGGCAUCAUCCACUGCCUGGUGUCGGUGACUUUCCAGAUGACAGUGCUGAGGGACCUGGAGAAGCUGGCAGGCUGGCACCGCAUCUCCCUCAUCUUCAUCCUCAGCGGCAUCACGGGCAACCUGGCCAGUGCCAUCUUCCUGCCAUACAGGGCAGAGGUGGGCCCUGCUGGCUCCCAGUUUGGCUUGCUGGCCUGCCUCUUUGUGGAGCUCUUCCAGAGCUGGCAAGUGCUGGAGAAACCCUGGAAAGCCUUCCUCAACCUCUUCGGCAUCGUCCUCUUCCUCUUUGUCUGCGGUCUCUUGCCAUGGAUUGACAACAUCGCUCACCUCUUUGGCUUCCUCAGUGGCCUCCUCCUCUCCUUUGCCUUCCUGCCUUACAUCACCUUUGGCACGGUGGACAAGUACCGUAAGCGAGCCAUGAUCAUCGUCUCCUUGGUGGUGUUUGUGGGGCUCUUUGCCUCACUGGUGGUGUGGCUCUAUGUGUACCCGGUGAACUGGCGCUGGGUGGAAUAUCUCACCUGCCUGCCCUUCACCAGCAAGUUCUGUGAGAAGUAUGAGCUGGAGCAGGUCCUGCACUGA